AUGGAUCUGAUAGGCUUGCUUCCCGUCGGGAAAUGUCAAUUUAAGUGGGUCAUCGUGUGCAUCGACUAUCACUCCAAAUGGAUCGAAGCCCCACCCUUGACCGCAAUAACAACUGAGAAAGUUCAAGAUUUUCUACAUCGCAACAUCUUCUACCGCCACGAUACGCCGGUGUCUAUCAUCACGGACAAUGGCACACAGUUCAAUAAUGACCACCUCAUCACGUGGUGUAAAGCAAGGGGGACUACGCUCAAGUUCGCCUCCGUCGCGCACCCUAAGACUAAUGGGCAAGUGGAAGAUGCCAACAAAUUAAUCAAGGGCCUCCUUAGGAAGAAAUUGGAUGAUGCAAAUGGGCUUUGGCCCGAGAAGCUCGACGAGGUACUAUGGGCAAUCCGCACCAUGCCAACAAGCCACGGGCGAGACCCAUUUCUGCCUAAUGUACGGCACAGAAGCAGUACUUCCUAUCGAAGUAAUCCAGCCAACACAACGGGUUUCGUUAUUCAACCCCGAGACCAAUUCGGAGAACAUGCAACUUGA